AUGACAACCCUCUCCGUGGUUCAGGGAGCAAACACCUCGGCGUCGGCCGAUGGGGGUGCCGCACAUCCUGAAGCCACCUUUAAUAUUGGCACCAGAAAAUCGAAACUAGCUUUGGUACAGACAGAUCUGGUAGUCAAGGCCCUUGCAUCGGCAUAUCCAGACAAUGUCUAUACGAUCAAGGCUCGAGACACAGCGGCUGGUGAUGUCGACAAGGUCACUCCCUUUAAAGACAUGGCAGUGAAGAAUCUAUGGACCCAUGAGCUCGAGACUCUGAUGGUUGAAGGCCAGCUGGACAUUCUUGUUCACUCGCUCAAGGACGUCCCAACGCAGCUGCCAGCAGGCUGUGAAAUAGGCGCUGUGCUGCCUCGUGAGGACCCAAGAGACGCCUUUGUUCUGAAGGCUGGGAGGAACCCGUGUAAGAUUCAGGACCUGCCAGCAGGAUCAGUCAUUGGAACGUCUUCUGUCCGACGGACAGCCCAGAUCGCAUUGCUCUAUCCUCAUCUACGCGUCGAAGAUGUGAGAGGCAAUGUCAACACGCGAUUGUCGAAACUUGACGCCGAAGGAAGUUCCUUUGACGCAUUGAUUCUUGCGGCCGCCGGGCUGAUCCGGAUAGAUCUUGGCCAUCGAAUCACUCAGUACCUUGACUCCGAGAACGGAGGAAUGCUCUACGCCGUCGGACAGGGGGCCAUCGGGGUCGAGAAUAGAUCGCCCGAUGACCGGGUGCAGAGAAUUCUUAGUGCGAUAGACCAUCACGAAACCCAUCUCGCAGCAGCCACUGAACGCAGCCUUCUGCGAACUUUAGAAGGAGGCUGCAGCGCUCCGCUGGGCGUCGAGACUAGCUGGGUCAAGAACCCGAACGGACAGACAGCUCUCCGACUGAAGUCGAUCGUCGUCAGCACGGACGGCAAAGCGAAGUCUGAGAUCGACUUGACGGAAGUUGUAGCAAGCAAAAACGACGCCGAAUCAUUCGGGAUCAAGGCCGCGUCAGAACUACUUCGUAGAGGUGCAGACAGUAUUCUGGCUGAAAUCAAGGCGAAGAAGCCCACCACCGCGGCCGAUCUGGAGGAAAAUUAA